GCAUGGUGCACGCGGCGAAUGCCGGCUUCGGAUCCAUCGCUCUUCCGCUCAGGACACGUUCGAGCGGAAACGGAUGUUUAGAACCUUUCCAGUCUCGCCAUAACCGUGGAUCAGUACAUUCGUUCCCACGCGUGUGUUUUAGCGAUUGUUGGGCACUCCUUUGUGACGUACUCUCACCCUGAACCACCUUCAAGAGCGUAGACGUGGGUGUUAGCGAUGUUUUCGUAAUAGUUCCUCAAAGCGUUUAGUCCCGCACAGCAAUCGUCCCGGAAUCAACGUUCAGAUUGUGCGCUUAAGUUACCUAUCGCAGCAUCUUAGCAUUGUCGCUUAGGGAACACGUUAGCAAUCAUCAAAUCUUCCAAUCAGAAAUCAAAAGUGUUAAAAGUUCGGUCCCGCCUCAGUGAAGAACCAAUCAAUACAUCCGGUGAUGCUAGCAAGUGUUAGUGAGUGUAAGAGCCUUCAUCCUCGAUGCAAACGAAUUCCCACCCGUCAAAAAGGGCCACAAAAAGGACGCCUACGGAGUGAAAAAAUGUAUAUUUAGCUCGCACGUAAAAAGCGUCUGGCUCAGAUUGGCACAAUGUGAGAAAUUUGUUGUCAGGUGAAAAGUGUUUGAAUUUUCCUUCCACCACACCCUAUGCUCAUGCACGUGCAACCUGUUCGCGAAAGAAUUUCUCGCCCUAAAAAAGAAAAGCUGUUUGCUUUCGAUGUGCCCUUUCAUGAGUGUAUGUGUGUUUGGUAUGUUCUCAUGUGUGUACUUCUUCACUACUUAGCAACCGUGUCCGGUGGUAUCGUUGUGUGGUAAGCAGCUGUACGACGGACGACAAUACUGGGAAAGUCAAACCAUACUUAAAGGCCAAACGGGGCGCUUUGCGCCUCAAUCCGAAAGUGUUUCGCGAGUGUGUAUUUGUGAGUUUGUGUGUGUGUGUGUGUGUCUUUAUGUGAUGUGAAAAAUGAUAAAAAAACGCGCAAACAGCUCAUGCAGUCUCCGCCAUCGCUCCCAGGUUUCUGUUAGCGAGUUCCCUGUAGAUGCAUUGAGCUGUUGUUGAUUUUACCGUCGGCAGUGUUGCUGUCGUGGUUUGACUCGAACCACUCCACUGUUGGCAAACGCCACGCAGUCAAAGAUGACUUUGAGCGGAAGUAAAAUGACGGGGAAAAACAUGGCAUCAUUUUCUACGACAUUUCUACUACUAAUAUGGAGCACAGAAUUAACCAUUGGCAGCAUUAGAGUGGACGAAAAUCGGGAUAACAGCGAAGCUGAACUUGCCGGUGGAUCCCGAAAAUUUCGCACCGAAUUCCUCCAGGAGUGGCCAACGCCAGGAACUGGGCCUUAUUUUGAUACCACCGUUCCAAGCAACAUCACCGGUUUGGUCGGCAAGACGGUCCUGCUAAACUGCAAGGUGAAAAACCUCGGCAAUCGAACGGUUUCGUGGGUUCGACAUCGAGAUAUUCACCUCUUAACUGUCGGACGCUACACCUACACCUCCGACCAACGCUUCGAAGCGAUGCAUUCACCCCACACGGAAGAGUGGACACUCAGGAUUCGGUACGCCCAGCGCAAAGACUCUGGCAUUUACGAGUGUCAAAUAUCGACCACGCCACCUAUAGGACACUUUGUCUAUCUCACGAUAGUGGAACCAGUGACAGAGAUUAACGGAGGACCUGAUUUAUUUAUCAAUAAAGGCUCGACGAUAAAUCUCACCUGCAUCGUGAAGUACGCCCCCGAGCCGCCACCCGCCGUCGUGUGGAAGCACAAUCGUGAUGACAUUAAUUUCGACUCACCCAGGGGAGGCAUUUCGCUCGUCACCGAGAAGGGCAUCCUGACGACUAGCCGGCUGUUGGUGCAGAAGGCCAUCGCGAGCGACUCCGGUCUGUACACCUGCGAGCCCUCGAACGCCAAUCCGGCCUCCGUGCGGGUGCACAUCCUGAACGGAGAACACCCCGCGGCAAUGCAUCACGGCAUCUCCACCAUCCUCUCCGGACCUAGCUUGGUCGCAUUCGUCCUCUCGACCAUUUUACUGUUCUACCAUCACAGUAUUCGAUGGAAGGACUUUCGGCUAACGUAGUAAAUCCACCUAGUUCUUUCCGUUUGCCUGUUCCUGGUUUCGUCACUGUACAGAACAUUUGAGUGUCCACGAGUGUGCGUUCAUGUCAAUGAGUUAUUUCAACACACAAAUGAAACAGCCAUAGAACCAUACUAUCUUUAAAUUCGUUCCAUGCACCCAUCCGUCAUUGAUUAAUUGGGCUGUGUAUUAUGGUGACAUGGCUUCGUGCACAUGCUCAUUUUUCUAAAUCAUUACAUGACGUUUUAUCGAUAUGACACCUGACCAUAAUUGGUGCUUAUUAUUUAUUACUUACACACAUAUGUAUUGUGUGUUCUUUGAAAAGGUUGCAAAUAAUGCAGAUUAUAUCAACGGACGCAACCAAACAAUCAGUGGUUUAUAACCAUUAAUUUCGUAUUACAUUUAUUGGCUUUUCGCCGAAAUGCUUUUUUAUCAGAUUUUGUUUUGUCGAAACAAUAUGUUUACAUUCACUCUCACUCGAAUAGCUUAUUUAUUAACAAUCCCCAAUGUAUUAGCAGUUAAUGUACGGAGACGGUUAGUUAAUUCAAUUAUCUAAUUUGUACAGCAUCAAAUUUGUAAAUAUAUCUCGUUUAGAUGAUAAAAUACUAUUUGUACAAAUACAUUUAAUAAACAGUUUAGUAGAUCUCUGAAAUAAACCCAUAUAUAGAAAUAAUAAAAAUGUUAGGAAAGUCCCCUAACCCGAAAAACAAGGUUAAGGGAAAUACAAGUAUUGUUUUUAAUUUAAAGGCACGAAAGAUGAAUAGCGAAAUUUGUUAGACGUUUUCUAUAUUCGUCAAAAUGUCAAAAAUUUUAAAACAUUUUCUAACCGUUGGAAACGUAAUUUCUAUUAAAAUGUGUUCAACAACACAACAAUAAACGAAUUUAUUGCUUUUAGUUCUCACUUAAGUUUUUGAAAAGGGAUGCGAAAUUCUCAAAUAGGAGUUUGCUUUUUACACAACAAAUGUUGACAUAUCAGACAAAAUUAUGAAAAUGAAAUGAGAGAGGAAACAACAAAAUGGUACAUACAUCGUCGACGACUCCUAACUGUUCACCGAAUUCGCCGAAUGAUUCAACACUCUUCUAUACGUCAUAGAUUAUGUAGCAUCAAAGCUAGAAAAGCCGAAAAACUGAGCACUACGAUGUCGAAACUUUUGAUUUACUCGAUGUAAACUCUUCAUCUAAAAUAUCAAACCUUAAAAAAUCAUCAAAUGUUUCGGACUAAUCGCUCAGAACACUGUUCAGGCUUUCGUGUUGAAAUUCGCGAAUACCAAAAACAAUCAAUAAUCGCGAGUAACAAAACAGGCAUCUCAAAGUUGAAAACAAUUUGAUGUUACACCUUUUGGUUCAAACGGUUCAACGGUAAAUUACCAACAAAAAGUCGAUCGCUCCGUAGCCUGCCCUUCACUCUCGAACUUGUUCAACAAGACCGAGUGAAAUGCUAGAUCGACCCACAAUUACCAGAUGAGCUGAUUGCUAUGUACUCAAAAAUGUAUUUAAAAAAUUCUGGUCGAAUACAUAAAUUGCUAUUGAUUAAAAUCCAACUAGACCAGAAAACAAGGCAUUAAGGCAAGACUUUUUUAACAGUAAGUCCAAGUAAAGAGCAACUCUGACGUAAAUACGCGAUAGCAGAAAAAAACAAUUUGUCCAAUAGGCACUAAUACUUUAGUGAGAAAGGCUUGGUGUAGUCCCCACUGAUUACCAGUAACAACAAAUGUUCCCCACAAAAUCGAUUGAUGCCUUCGCCAGAUCUGCGUUAUUCGCCAACGGAAAAACUAAUUCUGAAGAAGAUUCAUGUUUGCUUCUUUGGUAUCAACGCUCUUGUAGCUAAAUUGCGAACAAUAUGCUACAUGAAAAUAAAAGGCGAUAAAACGCUGCGGCAUCGUGAAAAGCCUCUCACUCCAAGGCGGUGCUGGGACAGGAAUUGUCAUAAAACUGUAAAGUUAGGACAUUCCUUCAUUGGCUCAACAUCACUCCCUGUACCCUCGUCCGACGAAAAGUUUGUACCAUGAGUUUCACAGCAACUCCCAACGCCAGGAGAGGCUAGUGGCCGUGUCUAGGAAAGAAUAACGGCAAUAAAGCAGACACGAUAAACGAAAACCAUGCGCGAGUAGCAAGAAGCAAGAAUCUUUUAGAUACGCAGGUAACCAAUAAAAUAAGCUAGAAUGGUGCGCUAAAAAUGAAUGCGACAAAACAGGACACAAACGAAAAGUUUCGGUCCGUUUGAUGGAAACGUAAGUUCAAAAUUGUUUACUACACAAAACAGAGCAAACCGUGUAAACCACUUUAAACCACAAACAAGUUGCUCACAAAUUUUGGAGACAAAGAAGCAACACCAUUCC